UGUGUAAUCGGAGCGGGCCGACGCCGGGGCAACCUCAGCUGCCGCCUGGCAAGGAAGGCGCUGCGCUUUUCCUACCCCGCAGCAAGAAGGGCUGCUGUCGAAGCCGCCCUCCCCUUCACCCCUUUUCUUUCCUUCCGUCCUUCCUCUCUUGCUUGCUUGCUGUUCGGGAAACCCGGGAUCCUCUUAAUUUCUCUUUACCUUCUGUCUUUUUUUGGCUACGCGAGGACGAGCCCGGCGGGGGCUGCAGGAGAGGCGCAUUUCUCAAGAUUCUAGUCCGCAGCAAUCCGUGCAUUCCGCCGGGGCCGUCUGAAAGGCGCCCGCUUUUGCAGCGAUUUCCCCCCCCCGCCGGGUUUCCCUUCGCUUGCGGGGUGGGGGGGGGGCGAGAGAAGAGAAGAGAAGCAGGCUUGCGAGGCGUGCCGCUCGCUGUUCUCUCGCUUCUGGGAAAUCACCAUGGACAGAAAACAAGAUCCCAAGAGACCUGUGAAAAAAUGGAAAAAGCCGAGGCCUCCGAACUUGACGAUCCCGCCGGCCAACAAACAGCCUUCAGUUCCCCCAACGCCUCCGAGGAACUUGGAUUCCAGGACUUUUAUUACCAUUGGUGAAAGGAACUUUGAAGUAGAGGCUGAUGACUUGGUGAGCAUCCAGGAGCUUGGACGUGGCGCUUACGGCGUGGUGGAGAAGGUCUGGCACGAACAGAGUGGUACCACCAUGGCUGUGAAGAGGAUCCGGGCCACUGUGAACACACAGGAACAGAAGAGACUGUUGAUGGAUUUGGACAUCUCUAUGAGGACGGUCGACUGCUUCUACACUGUCACUUUCUACGGUGCCCUUUUUCGAGAGGGAGACGUGUGGAUAUGCAUGGAGCUGAUGGACACGUCUCUGGAUAAGUUCUACAAAAAGGUCCUGGAGAAGAAGAAAACGAUCCCGGAAGACAUACUGGGGAAAAUUGCUGUAUCUAUCAUCCGAGCCCUGGAGCAUCUACACAGCAAACUGGCAGUGAUUCACAGAGACGUGAAGCCGUCCAAUGUCCUGAUCAAUAAGGAAGGGCACGUGAAGAUGUGUGACUUCGGCAUCAGCGGCUACUUGGUGGAUUCCGUCGCAAAGACGUUGGAUGCUGGCUGUAAACCUUAUAUGGCUCCAGAGAGGAUAAACCCAGGGCCAGAUGUGAUCCAAAAGGGAUAUAACGUGAAAUCAGAUGUCUGGAGCUUUGGGAUUACCUUGAUCGAGCUGGCCAUCCUCCGCUUCCCUUAUGACUCCUGGAGGACCCCUUUCCAGCAGCUGAAACAAGUGGUGGAGGAGCCUUCUCCCCAGCUGCCCUCCGAUCGCUUCUCACAGGACUUUGUAGACUUCACAGCACAGUGUUUGAAGAAGAAUCCUGCGGAACGAAUGAGCUACCUGGAGCUGAUGGCCCACCCUUUCUUCACCUUGCACGACACCAAAGUGACCAACAUGGCUGACUUUGUGGUAGAAAUCCUCGGGGAAGACUCCUAAAUUUGCCACAGACCUCGCUGUCGGACAAAGGAAACGGCACGGCGGCGUUCCCGGCUGUCCCCAUGGAGAGAGAGAAGGACAUAACAGACUUUAGCAUUAAAUGAUUGUUUGCACAAAACAGAAUGAAUGUCUUCGAUGCAUCCUCCCACCCCUCCGGCUUUUAGGCAUUUUUUUGACUCCUGAGAUAGAAGUCAAGCUACAGAGUAAAGCUCGCGCACCAUCAGUUCAGGAGGAGGGUGUACCUGGGACAGGCGCUUCAAUUCUUUUCGACGCUCGAGCCUGUCACCCAUUUGGUUGUGCUGAUGAAGUGACGUGAGGUGCUCUAUUUUUCAGGGGCAGAUUCCUCAAAGUGUGGUUAUGGAAAUGGGUGCUUUGAAAAUGCAGUUGCGUGGGCAGUAACCCCGUCGAAAACGGCAGGCAAAUGCCCGCGGGAAGGGGGUGGGGAUGGCUUUCCUGCCCCCCUUCUCCAAAUAAUGCUCUUCCCUGCCCAUUGAAAACUAGCACUGGAUGGAUGUGUAGCUUCACCCCUCCUCCUUUUGAUGUGGUAGUUCGUUUUUAUCCUGAGGCACAUUGAUGUGGCUUUUUUUAAUCUGAGAAGUUUGCUGCCACAUAACCUGUGACUUAGCUUCCAUGCCUGCCCCUUUCCCCGCAAACCUCCCAUCAUGAGCUCACCAGCAGCACGUGUUUUGUCUGGUUCGUAAACCUCGUCUAACCAGAUGUUGCUGUAACGGCUACCUUUGAAAUUGCUUUAGUGGGGGUGGUGGUGUUCGGACAAAUGGCUGAAUCCAUUCCUAGUUCUGGGUAGUAAUUGCCAAAGGGCGAUUCCCCUUCUCCCGUGUCCCGUGUACUGUGUCUAUCCACAGUCAUGUGGUGAAACCACAACUUUUGGUGCCUUCUAAUAUUUCUAAAUGAGUUUGGGAGCCAAGGAGUGAUUGAUCUUAAAGACAUAUCAUGUGCCUUGCUGUCCCUUGGUCUGUGUUCUGUGAUGGCCAUCUGCAGCCAGUUCUGCCAUCUUUGUGUCCCUUUGGGGCGGCACAGCAAAGAGGGUGCUGACGUGCAUCGGGGGCUUGAUCCCAGCCCCUUGGCAUGGUGAGAGAUGACCGGCAUCUCUCAUGGUCCUGCACCACUGCUGGCCCCUGGAUGCUCGCUCGAUAGCAUGGCCCAGAGGCCUCUGGGGCCCUGACCUUUCUACUCUGAGGUAAAAUUCCUGUCAACGUGGAUAUUUUCCUCAGUUAUGGUGACCAGAUAGUCACUCUCAAUGAAUUUUCUUUUUUUCUUUUUUUGAAAACACAGAUGCCUCUCAAUGAAUUUUGUUUUUUUUAAAAAACAAACACAAAGAUGCCUCUCAAUGAAUUUUGUCCUUUUUUUGUUGAAAACAGAUGCCUUUCAAUGAAUUUUGUUCUUAAAAAAACACAGAUGCCUCUCAAUGAAUUUUGUUCUUUAAAAAAAAAAAAAAACAGAUGCCUCUCAAUGAAUUUUGUUCUUUUUUUUAAAAAAACAGAGAUGCCUCUGGGUCCCCAGCACUUCAUCUUCUGAGGUAAAAUUCCUGUCAAUGUGGAGAUUUUCCUCAGUCAUGGUGACUGUGGAUAAUCACUCUCAAUGAAUUUUGUUCUUCUUUUUUUGAAAGCACAGAUGCCUCUGGGUCCCCAGCCCCUUCUUACUCUGAGGUAAAAGUCCUGUCAGUGGGUGAUUUUUUCCUCCUCAAGCCAUCCCACAUAUUGGAGGCGUGUGAAAUGAAGGCCUGACUCUUGAAAUGAAGAGCAGCCUAAGGAGGCUGGAGUUUUGAGCCAGGGAGGAGGUGGAUCUCAGUAUGGUCCUCUCUCUCAUCCAGAGUCAUAGAUUUCCACAUGCAUGUAGGCCUUCGUAAACACGCAGGGUGAGAACAGCUGAUGGUGGAAGGAUUAAGCCCUUCCUGCCUCAUGCUCCUGUUCCGUCAAAAGCGCAGCAUCUUGGGGUCUGCUUUUCACUGAAUAGCACGAGCAUUGGGGCCUCAAUUGUACACAUUGGCUAGCAAAUCCACGUGUAGUGGCUUGCAGAAAGUGUACCUGCCCGCCCAUUAAUGAAUUCCACAAGUUAAAUUUUGCCGGUGAAACGUGAUGUUGAUUUAAAUAAGAGACGCUUCAGACGGGCUCGGCCUGCUUCAGUUAUGUUGUGUGGCCCUCCCAGACCAGCCUCCUGGGUGCACUUGGCCAAUGAUUGUAGUGAAACGUCCCGUGACCCUUCUCUGCUCCUGUAUAGGGUGCCUUUUAUGAUUUUUUUAAAAAAAGACUGUUGAGAAUUCCCUUCCUUUCCCCCCUUCCCCCUUUUACAGAACUGCUUCAAAAUCCCCCCUCCUCAUAAUCCCCCCCUCCUCAAAAGGGGAGACAUGAAUUCUAACUUGAGGUAGUCAGAUGUCCUAUAGAUAGUAUCCCCUUUUCUUUUUUUCCUAAAAAUGAAAAGGCGCUUUUUAAAAAAACAAAACAAAAACUCCCUAAUAUAUUUGUGUGUGUAUAUAUAUAUAUAAAUUAUAUUUAAGAAACAACUUGAUGAUGAAUAUUGAGGAGAGUUUGGCGGGGGGGGGGAGCCAGAAACUUAGAAGAAGCAGUUGGGAGAACUGUUUAAUAAAAAUAUUUUUAAGCUCUAAGAGGUGGUGUCCUUUGAGAAGCAGCGAAGAAUCUGUAUGGAGACCACGCGUGGAUUAAAAAGCUGCCGAUUUUUAACUAGUCCUUUGUAAAGAAAUAUGUUCUUUAGAUACUUACUACCGCUGCCCUGAUCCUUGAAGGCGGCCUCCUGGGGAAUCAAUUGUUUGUUUUUAUUCCCCCCCCCUCCUGUUACUAAUGUUCCCAGCCUUGAAGGACUCUCCUGGUUCUACAUUUCUAGACCACAUGCUUUCUCUCGGUAUUGAACUCUCCAAUAUUUCUAACCUGUGGAAUCUUUCUGGAUUUCUCCUUGUCUCACACUCCGGCUGACCACACAGCUUCCUCCUGAGUUCCAUUGCAAGCCAUGGCCUUUGAAUCGUAGCCGUUUCUGGGUACCUGUAUAAUAACUUUUUAUCGUUGAUGGUUUCAGGGUUUGUGGUCCCACCUUGCCGGGUGGACUGAUCCCUGCUGUGCCCUUUCCUUUAAUGCUGUGGACAAUGACGAUUCUCCCCGCCCCUCCAGAAUUUGCAUGGAUUUGGUAAAAGUCUAUUUCUAGGACUGUUUUUAUUAUUUUGCUUGGUUUUUUUUGGAAGCCAGCACAUGAAGUGAAUGUAUAAUGUGGAAAAGGUCUUGAACUGGGUCCAUGUGCGGCAGAAAUGGCCUUUUGAGUUACUCUCUGGUUGGCAAAACAAGACUUACUCCCUGCCUUGUGUUUUAUGUCUACAAUUAUUUUAUUAUUAUGGCCCUGUAUGGUAUUUUUUUUCUUAAUUUCCCUUCCCUGUAUGGAGCUCCAGUGGAAAUAAAAAAGAUGCUAUAUAUCUGAAGAAAGGCCUAAUCGCUUUUCGGAGGACUGUUUGUUAAACAGCUAAAUUUGGUCGCUAUUUUUUUUUUCCCAAUAAAAGGA